CCAGCAGCCACUUGCCAGAGCCACUAGGUUUUCUUAGUCUGCACGCUGCCGUUGAUCUCCUCCCAGUGGCAAGAAAUCAUGAACCACGUGAGCUCCCUCGGCACUGCGAUCUACCACUACUUCCCCUGUGCUCACGGCGAAGGCCUGCGCCGCCUCCAGCCAUUUCCCGCAGCCCGCUACAGCCUCCCCGCCGAUCGCUGGAGCUUCUCCUCCCCGCCGAGCGCCAUGGUAUCCUCCGAGUUGAAGGCGGCGCACGAUCAGGGUCCCUCGAAGGAGGCUAAGCUGUGGGGCGGGCGAUUCGAGGACAGCGUCACUGACGCCGUUGAGCGCUUCAGCGAGUCCGUCUCCUUCGACAAGGUUCUCUACAAGCAGGACAUAAUGGGCAGCCGAGCCCACGCUCAGAUGCUCGCGCACCAGGGUCUAAUCACUGAUAGUGAUAGAGAUAGCAUUUUACGCGGUCUUGAUGAGCUUGAAAGAAGCAUUGAAGAGGGGGAGUUCAUUUGGAGAAAGGAUAGGGAAGAUGUGCAUAUGAAUAUUGAGGCUGCACUGACAGACAUGAUUGGAGAGCCUGCAAAAAAGCUCCAUACCGCAAGAAGUCGUAACGAUCAAGUUGUCACAGAUCUUCGUUUAUGGUGUAGGAUAGCCAUAAGUAAAAUUGUGGUAGCAAUUAAAGAACUGCAGGUUGCUUUAAUCAAAUUAGGAUUGAAAAAUGAAGGAUUAAUAGUUCCUGGUUAUACUCACCUGCAGAGGGCACAACCUGUCUUACUGCAACAUCUACUGUUGUCAUAUGUUGAACAGCUUGAACGCGAUGUUAGUCGGCUAGUUGAUUGCAAGGAUCGGUUGAACUUUUGUCCCUUGGGAGCUUGUGCUCUAGCUGGUACUGGCCUGCCUAUUGACCGAUUUCUUACUUCAGAUGCUUUGGGAUUUACUGCUCCAAUGAGAAACAGCAUUGAUGCAGUAUCCGAUCGUGAUUUUGUCUUGGAGUUUUUGUCAGCCAACUCAAUACUAGCUGUUCAUCUCUCUCGGCUUGGUGAAGAAUGGGUUUUGUGGGCAUCGGAGGAGUUUGGUUUUCUAACACCGAGUGAUUCUGUAUCUACUGGAAGCAGCAUCAUGCCACAAAAGAAAAAUCCAGAUCCAAUGGAAUUAGUCCGUGGAAAAUCUGCGAGAGUUGUAGGAGAUCUUAUGAGCCUUCUAGUGUUGUGCAAAGGGCUUCCGCAAGCAUACAACCGUGAUCUACAAGAAGACAAAGAACCACUCUUUGACAGCGUUAAAACUGUACUAGGAAUGCUGGAAGUAACAACUGAAUUUGCCCACAACAUCACAUUAAAUGGUGAGAGAAUACAAAAGGCUUUACCAGCAGGGCAUCUUGAUGCUACAACCCUUGCUGAUUAUCUUGUCAAAAAGGGGAUGCCUUUCAGGACUUCUCACGAGAUAGUUGGCAAGUGUGUCGCAUUAUGUGUCACAAGAAACUGUCAGCUUUGCGAACUCCCUCUUGAUCAGCUAAAGGGAGUCAAUCCUAUCUUUGAAGAAGAUGUUUAUGAUUUUCUCGGAGUUGAGAAUUCAGUUAAGAAAUUCUCUUCCUAUGGAUCAACAGGUUCCAAAUGCGUUGCCGAACAAGUCAGUUUUUGGAUCUCAAAGCUUCAAAUUGGCCCGACCGAAACCUAGUAAACUCGCAGAGAUCAUUGUGAAAUUCGCAAACAAUAAAUACUUCACUGGAUCUUAUUCAGUGUAAUGAAUUUUGGAUGAACAAAAUCAGGUUUGUUUUCGUAGUC